CAGGUAUCAUUGAGGAGGGACGUACUGGAUAUCAGGGAGCAGGAUUAUUACGAGUCAUUGUACAAUGAGAGUCAGGCAUAGUUUAACACAUAUGUUGAAGCAGGAACAAUUAUGCAUAACUAUGGUCACAUUUUUGACCUUCUCACACGUUUGCGCUAGGCAGUUGACCAUCCUUACCUUGUGGUAUAUUCUGCAACUUCAGCAAUGAGAAACACAAACAAGGUGGAAAUUGAUAAUGAAGAGCGCAUAUGUGGCAUUUGUCAUGAGCCAGCAGAAAAUCAUGUGGUUACCUCUUGUGAACAUGCUUUUUGCAAAGCUUGUUUGAUUGAUUAUGCUGCUUCCUUGGGACAAGUCUCAUGCCCUUCUUGCUCGACACUGCUUACUGUUGAUUUGACAACAAUUGCAGAUAAUGGGAAUCAGACCAGUAAAACUACAAUAAAGGGCUUCAGGGCAUCAAGUAUUCUAAACAGAGUUCAACUUGACAAUUUUCAAACAAGCACAAAAAUUGAGGCUUUGAGGGAAGAAAUCAGAUUCAUGAUUGAGAAGGAUGGUUCUGCAAAAGGAAUAGUUUUCAGCCAGUUCACAUUAAAUUAGGGAUAUUUAUUUUGCUGAAAUUAAUUAUAAAGUCUUUCUCACUGGCGCCAAUUCGAACCCCACCUCCGGCCAUUGUCGGUGUCCACCUCCCAAAGUCAUUAUCGACAUUCACAAUAAGUUCAGUCAGAGAAAAGGAGGCUCUCAUGCAAUGAUCCCAAAGUGAAGAAUAGGAAGAAUGUCAAGAAAAAUGACAUUAUUGAGUUUUCAAUGACCUAAAAAUAAUGUAUAGAUAUUUUUUUUUAUGAAAUGUGCUUCUUAAUAAGCAAUGAAUAUUGUAUAAUAUAUGUUUGCUUAUU